AGGGGACGAAAAUAGAUUCGUAUACAAUGCUCUCUACUCCUACCGUAUUAAUACUCUAUCACCGUAUUAUCCAACGCCUGUCCUUUUCUCCAUCACCAUCUUCAAACUAAAUCCUCUCCUCCUCCCCUUUACUUUUUCUUCCUCUUCUUCUUCUUCUUCUUCUUCUUCUUCUUCUUCAUCUCUCUCACCCCUUUUCACUACAACUCUCAAACCCACAUACCCAGACCUCCAGCUCAAUCUCAAUCUCAACCAAAACCCACCAUUUUUCUUACUCAAAAUCUCACCAUCUAUCUCAAUGGCACUCUCUCGCCGGAGAUGACUAAGGUAUCUGCAAAGAAGCCGCAGCUUCCUGCGCCAUUCCCGCCUACACUCAACCAACUCCCAGAUUUGGAUCUUCAUUACAAGCCUGGUUCCAGUCGGCCGACACGACGGAGAAUCCGAAGUCCAGCUCGUGUUAGAAGAGUUGUUGCUCCGGUUGGGAAGCGGAGUCGUCCUGAAACGCCCUUGCUCAAGUGGAAGGUUGACGACCCUGGGAGUGGAGGUGAUGGAGUUCAAAUGGAAGAAGAUGAGAAGAAGUUGGCUAUGGAAAAAAGGCAGAGAGGUCGGUUUCGAGGAAGUAAAGGAAGGAAAGUCGUUGUUUCGGCUAGGAAGCUUGCGGCUGGAAUAUGGAGAUUGCAAUUGCAGGAGGCGGUUGCUAGUGAAGGGAGGAAUGGCGGCGACCAGCGGAGGACGGAGGAUCUUCUAGGGUUUCAGCCUCGCAAUGGUCAUUCUGGCGUUUCAGCUUUCCAUCCUGAUGAUAAGAUCGCAUUUAAUUCUGAAAUGAAUGAUCUUUUACAUAGUCCGCAUUCUGUCUCGGAUUCAAGAAAUGGACGAUUGUGCAAGUUUGAGCCCUCAUUUCGAUAUUUGAACUCGGCAAUGGAGGGGGCAACAAAGUGGGAACCUGCAUGCUUGAAAACAUCAGUUGAAGCACGUCAGAUUUACAAUCAAAUGAGACUUGUUGAUCAACAAGGUGCUGUUUCGGCCCUUUCUGCACUUGAAGCUGAACUAGAACAGGCCCACUUGCGGAUCGAGGAACUUCAAGCUGAGCGUAAUGCUUCAAAAAAGAAGCUUGAAUACUUCUUGAGGAAAGUUAGUGAAGAAAAAGCCUUAUGGCGAAGCAGAGAGCAUGAGAAAGUAAGAGCAUUUAUUGAUGAUAUAAAGGCUGAGUUGAAUAGAGAAAAGAAAACCCGACAAAGGGUGGAAAUGAUCAAUUCGAAAUUGGUAAAUGAGUUGGCUGAUGCUAAGCUAUCCGCAAAGCGGUUUAUGCAAGAUUGUGAAAAAGAAAGGAAGGAAAGAUCCUUAGUUGAGGAAGUAUGUGAUGAACUCGCAAAGGAAAUUGGCGAAGACAAAGCAAGAAUAGAAUCUCUGAAAAGAGAAACCUUGAAAUUGAGAGACGAAGUGGACGAAGAACGGAGAAUGUUACAGAUGGCUGAGGUCUGGCGUGAAGAACGUGUUCAAAUGAAGCUGGUUGAUGCCAAGGUCGCACUCGAAGAGAAAUACUCACAAAUGCGUAAUCUAGUAGCAGACCUUGAAGAUUUCCUAAGUUUGAGAAGUGAAACUUCAGAUGUAUCAGAGAUGAAAAAAGCUUUAUUACUUAGAGAGGCUGCCGCUACUGUGAAUAUUCAAGAUGUCACAGAAUUUGUUUAUGAACCUUCAAACCCAGAUGAUAUCUUCUCUGUGUUUGAAGAUGUUAAUUUUGGAGAAUCGAAUGAGAGGGAAAUCGGACAGUGCAUUACGUACAGCCCACCUAAUCAUGCUUCUAAAGUCCAGACUGCGAGUCUUGAAGCUAACAUGACCGAUAGGAUUGGCAUCCAGAAACAUACAAAUUCCUUUAUUGCUCAUAACGGUAUUGGUGAUAUAGAAGAAGAUGAGAGUGGAUGGGAAACUGUGAGUCAUCUAGAGGAUCAGGGCUCAAGCAAUUCCCCAGAAGAGAGUAUUGCAUCUGUCACAAAGAAUCGCCGAGAGAGUAAUGCUUCAGUGAGUGGGACCGAAUGGGAAGGAAAUGGAGGCGGAGACUCACCUGUGACCGAAAUUAGCGAAGUCUGCUCGGUUCCAUCAAAGCAAUUAAAGAAGAUAUCAUCUAUUGCAAGACUUUGGAAAUCUUGCUCAAACAACGAAGGAUACAAACUAAUCUCACUUGAGGGCAUAAAUGCCAGGCUCUCAAAUGGAAGAUUAUCAAGUGCAAGUAUCUUAUCCGCAGAUGGAGGCUCGGUCAGAAGUGGUAUUAGUCCUCCAGAAUUAACCGGACAGUGGAGCUCCCCUGACUCAGGCAAUGGGCAUGCAACGCGAGGGAAGAAAGGAUGCAUCCCUCGCAACACAAUCAAGGGUAGUUUAAAGGCGAAGCUCUUGGAGGCAAGGAUGGAAAGCCAUAAGGUCCAAUUGCGCCAGGUCUUGAAGCAAAAGAUCUAAAUUUUCAUAGAAGCUGCUCAUGUUCUUUGGCUUAGAUACCAUUCAUCAUGCUCAGCUCCUAUCGGUACUCCCAGAUUCUGUCACUAUGGUAAACAACUGGAUGAUUCAUUUUUCUGUUAUGUUAACAUCAAUUCAAGGCAUUAGGAUGUAAUGUAUUCUUAGUAUCUCUCUUCGAAGCCAUGGGGGGUGGGGGACCCUCAUGAGGGGAAAAAAAAGGCCAAAUUCAUGUAGGUGACCAAGAUAAUUGAUAUGUUCAUUCCCAUCUUUGUAAUUUAUAAUUUUGCAAUGUAAAAUGUCCCUUUUGAA